AUGUCCGCCGUUGAAAUUGAGGACGAUUAUAACAUCCAGGAAGCAUGGAAUAGGGCUUGUGGGGCAUUUGCGCAGACCACCAAGGUCGAUCUCAUCACGUCUCCAAAAUUCACUGUCGACGAAGUCCUUGACCAGAUCCGGUCUAAGCAAGAUGAAGAUGACGAGAAAAACAACAAAUUCAAGGUUGCCAAGGAUGUGAUAGGCAAGACACUGGCAUUUAUCACGGUGCUGGGGGGUAUAGCUGCUCAAGGUGCUAGCAUGGUCUUCGCACCUAGUAGCCUUUGCUUCAAUGCAAUUUCGUACCUCGUUGCUGCCGGGGCUAAAUACAAGCGCAUUUUCAGCAGUCUAGCUGAGCUUUUCCGGAAGAUCUCCGACGUAUUAGAGCGCUGCAAGAUCUAUAUGCGUUUGCCGGCUGAUGCCGUUGACGUUUCCCUCCGGAAGAUUAUUAACGAGGAGUUAGUGUGUUUUGUCGACAUUUGUGCGUUAUCUAUCAAGGUUCUUAAGGGCAACAAGUUCUUCACUGCCCUUAAGGUGUUUGCAUUUGAUAGUGAUGAAGGCGUCAGCGGCCAAUUGACUCGACUGGCUUUGCUGGUUGAACGCGAGUCUCACAUGCGAGCAACUUUGGGGUUCGAGUCACAAAAGACUAGCGAAAAAGCGAUCGUCGGAAUCCGAGAUGGAACCAAGAAGGUUACUGCCUCGGUGGACAAGCUUCUCACCCUCGAGAAGAAGAGAGACGCCGAUAAUGCGGCGCAGCGGCACCUGGGCACAAUUGAUGCAAGUCUCGACACACCCAGCGAGACUUACAAGGAUAUUGAGGCGAUUUACAAAUGUCGCCUAAAUGACUCAGUUCCAGGCAGUGGAAAAUGGCUUCAGCACGACCCGUUGUACACGGCUUGGGCAGAUGUCCGACGGUCGCGGUUUUCAAUUUUGGGGGUCGCAGGGGGUGAGGGCUAUGGCAAGUCAUUCCUUUUUGCGGCCAUCAUCAAGCACUUGCAAGAAGUCUUUUCUGAGGAUUUAGAGGAUAUGACAUGCACCUCCAUUGCCUACUAUAUGUUCGAUCAGCAAGAGAUGAAAAGCCCAUCUCUGAUCAAGGCCCUGGAAGUGCUUGCAUGGCAACUUGCCAACUCGGAUGUGGUGUAUCGCAAGGAUGUGGGCUCAGUCAAAAUUGCCGGUAUUAAUCAGAUCGGGAGCCUUUGCGAGAAGCUUUUUGGCAAAUCCUAUAAGAGCGACUCGACAUUCUUUAUCUUGCUAGAUGGAAUUAACCAGAUGGACAAGCAACACCUGAAGGAGUUCGUGCAGGUUUUAGAGGAAUGGCAAACCACAGCCUCAAUAUGGCCUCGAUUCACUCUUCGUAUUCUCCUGAGUGGACGAACAGAAACAAUGGACAAGAUCAAGACUCAACUUGGAGACGGAAUCACAGUUAUCGACCUGGCGUCCAAGAAUUGUGACGAUAUGAUCAGCUUCAUCAACGACCGAAUGAACAAGAUGGAGAUUUUCGAUGGAUCCUCAGACCAAGUAAUUGCUCUGCGUGGCGAGAUUUUGGAGAACUUUACCAGAAAAACCAAUGGCGAUUUUGUCAACGUCGGACUCCUUUUAGACGAAAUCAGCGGCAAACAACGCCCUAGCGAGAUCCGAGACAUUUUGGUCCGAGCGGGAGAAAGUCGAUCGGACACGAUUUUCAGAAAGAUAGACAAGCUCAACGAGACGCUCAGCGACGAGGAUAUCUCUGAUCUCAACCAUCUGCUUACGUGGGUCAUGUUUGCGGACCGUCCACUCACCCCCGCGGAGCUGGAGGCUGUGCUCUUCCUCAAAUCUCGCGAGACUUCUCUCCGACCACUGACGGAGAGAAUAAGAGAUCACUAUUCUUCAUUGCUUUGCGUUACAGGCACGUACGUCCAUCUUGUGUCCGAUUUGAUAGAGGACUACUUGCGCACAAAUUCCGACUCUGAAGGCACGAGAGACGACCGGGAUUUGGAUACCGUCGGAGAUGUCAGUGAGGUCGAAGUGAGAAUAGUGCGACGAUUCCUCGAGUCCGUCUGCGACCCGACACUGUUCAGCAAAUUCGGGUUUGAUGAAUUUUUCAAGCGCAAAAUGAAGAGGACAACCGCUCGGAUCAGGGUGGACACUGAGACUGCACACCUGAUGAUAGCGUCGGCGUGCCUCGAGGUCAUCUGUUCGAAGACAUCGCCAAAUCUGGAUGGUUUGCUCGAGUAUGCGGCCGCUCGUCUCGGCGAGCAUCUCAAGAAAGCGGACCCUUCGUUAACGCAACCGCGGCACAAAAUCGCUCUUGGCCCGCUGUUGGUGAAGAUUUUUGUUGAUGACGAGGUCAUCGACCGAUGGUGGAAUGUGAGCAGUCUCUGGCUACGGGCUCUAUGGAUCUAUGACGAUGAAAAUGCGGAGGUCACGUUGAGAUGGCUGCAGGACUCUGCCGUCACCAAAAAUAUUUCCGAGGAGCAGAGAAAGUGGAUCAAGAGUCUGAGUUCUAAAUCCGAGCCCGAUGCAGAUCUCCUUGAGCAUAUUGGCAGAGUUCUUGCCCGCAACUGGCUCCAGUCUGGCUCGGUGGAUGUUGCAUUUAGGUUCAAUGCUGUGCAUGGGUACAUCACCAAGAUCGAGAAUUGUAAAGACCCGAAGAUCGAGAGAUUGACUAACGAUCUGGACGCUGAGCAAAUCCAAGCCUCCCAGAUAACAGAUGCCGCGAAAUGGGCUCAAGCACGGAUUGGACUAGAUUCUCUGGGCUAUGAGGAGAACCGUAACCUGGCACGUACUCUGCAACUCUUUGGCAAGUACGAUGAGGCUAUUGAACAAUUCAAACUCACGUCGACUCUCGCUGAGGAUAACUGGGUCUUACAGUGGGGACUCGCAGACUGCUAUGCCGGCAGGAACGAGUUUUCUACUGCUAUCGAAAUCUUGGAGGCUGCGAAGAAAGGUAUUGAGACUGGAGCAAGAGGAAAUACUGAAGAGCUCAAAGAUGAGCUAGCGGAGAUGAAUCGUAACCUAGCUGAAUGGAACAAGGAGCUUGGCCGAAGUGAAAUUACUCUUGCUAUAUACGAGAAACUACUUCAAGAAAUCCCCAACGACUAUGACACGGCUCUUGCAUUUAUGACGCUGUUGCAUACGCAGGGGAACUACCAGCGUUUGCUCGAGUUUCUCCAGUCACUGAAAGAUUCUACAGAUGCGAGCAGUGGCUUUGAUCGGCGAACUCAGAAUUUUCAUACCCAUCACUAUCGGGAUGAAUACCAUGAAGCUCUCUUUGCAUCAGUUCGCAGCGACCGAGAGUUCAAUCUCGUCUUCGAAAGCUACGAGGCAGCCAUUACUGCUGCCAAAGCACGCGUCGCAGAGGGAAGAAAGGCUUGCAGGCCCGCAGAGGAAUGGAGUGCGCAUUUAUGCCAGAUCGAUCUGAUGCAUCAGGUUGCACUUCUAUGCUACAACAACAGCGCCAGAAACCCCGACCGGGUGGAAUUUGCUAUCAAUCAGUGGUUACAAAUUCUCCAAAUUAAUGGAACCGACGACUUGCUCAUUGAAGGGAAACAGGCUGUUGCUCGUUCACAGCUCGCUAUCGUCUGUUUCGAGAAAGCCCGACAAUACCCAGACACUGCCGCAAUUUAUCUUGAGCGCCUAGAGACUGUCGCGGCACUCAAGAGCAUGGAAGAUCUUGGUUACGGCACGCAUCCGGCGCGACUUCUUGCUCGGUACUACGCUCUGCAAGGAGAUGAACAGAAUACCAAGAACUCCCUACGUGGCUACAUCAAGCUGAACCUUGACCUUCUUUCAGAUGAUGAUCCACUCAAUGACUGGCAAGGAUACCAUGGUCUGGCGCUCCAUCUUAUGUUCGCAGGCCAGGAUGCCGACGCUCUCGCCGCUUGGUCAUUGAUAACUCCUUAUGAUGCCACGGAAAACGCUGGAAAUUCCGGUUCCUCUAACACAACUGAGAGGAAACUCGAGGGACCCUUGAAAGACAUCUGCAGCGGUGGCUGUGGCACCUACUGGACGUUUGCAGACAACUUUUAUAUCUGCAAGUACUGUAAUUACGUCGAGUUUGACCAACAGUGCUUGGAUGAUAUCCAGAAUGGGACCAUCAAGCUGAAAUCUUGUAAUAAAGAUCACGAGAUGCUGCACGUUCCAGCUUAUGAUCCAGUUGAGCGCCAGAGAAUUGGGGAGGGCAAUGUCAAGGUUGGCGAGGAAAUCCUACCAGUCGAUAAGUGGCUGCAGCGAAUUUGCGAGGAAUGGGGGAUCACGUCGGCUGAAGAUUCUAAACAGAGGGAAGAUUCAACAUAG